GAUGAAGUUCCCAGAAGUUAUUGCUACUCUUUCUCUUUUCCUUACAUGUCAUUUCAUGUUUUCUGGGGGGCAUCAGGUAACUUUUUAUGUGCAUAACAAAUGCUCAUUUCCCAUAUGGCCAGCAACUGCCCCAAACACAGGUCACUCGGUGAUUGCUGAUGGUGGUUUCUAUCUCCCUCCUGGGCUGACUCAAUGUAUUGAUGCCCCUUGGACAUGGAAUGGCCGAAUCUGGGCCAGAACUGGCUGUAACUUUGAGUCAAACAGCUGGAACUCUGCCUGUGAAACAGGGGACUGUGAUGGUAGACUCGCUUGCAAUGGCCUGAUUGGCACACCACCAGUUACACUCAUCGAAGUAGCAUUGCAAGCAGACAAAACCAAGCCAAACUUCUACGACAUUAGCCUUGUUGACGGUUAUAACCUGCCAGUUUCUGUCACGACCAAACCAAUAUUGGCCAAGUGCAGUAUUCCCGGGUGCCAUAAGGACCUGAAAAGUUUUUGUCCACGGGAACUUCAAGUUGUGAACAAGAAUGGUGAGAUUGUGGCGUGCAAGAGUGCGUGUUUAGCAUUUGAUACGGACUCGUUUUGUUGCAGAAAUGAGUACGGCAGCCCUGAAAAAUGCAAGCCUAACUUGUACUCAAAGAUAUUCAAGGAAGCUUGUCCAAGUUAUUAUAGUUAUGCGUUUGACAUGCCACCUACUCUUGUAAACUGUGCUUCAAAAGUGUAUGUCAUCACCUUCUGUCCUUCUACUAAGGUUGUGGAUGAUCUCCAACACCCUUCAUUAUAGAGCUUUUCUGCUGAGAUUUAUGCUUCUAUAAUCUACAGAGAUUAUUAGUUUAUUA